AUGCCCGCCGGUCCCUUAUCGCACUUCCGAUCCAAAGUUCCGUCCGUUUCCUCGUGUGCUCCAUGCGGCCUACCCGCCCCGGCCUGCUUGCUUGUCCCAGUGUCCUCAUCAACUCCCGUCGAACGAGACCAGAGACUUCUGCAGCGCACCAACAAACCCCGUCGUCUCUUUUUACUUUCUCUUGACCUUGCCCUCUCCGACCCUUACUCUUACUCUUAUUCUCACUCCCUCCUUCUAAGUCCUUCUUCUCAAAUUCCUCCAGCCUCCGCCGUUCCUAUUUCUUCCCGCUGA